AUGGAAGCUGUUCAAACUUUUGGCCGCAAGAAAACCGCCACUGCUGUUGCCCACUGUAAGCGUGGACGUGGUCUCGUUAGAGUCAACGGUUCCCCCCUCGCUCUCCUCGAGCCCGAGAUCCUUAAGUUCAAGGUCUACGAGGUCAUCCUCCUGCUCGGUGAGGAGCGUUUCUCCAACGUUGACAUUCGCAUUCGCGUAAACGGUGGUGGUCACACCUCCCAGAUCUACGCCAUCCGUCAGGCUCUUGCCAAGGCCAUCGUUGCCUUCUACCAGAAGUACGUCGAUGAGGCCUCCAAGAAGGAGAUCAAGGACAUCCUUGUCCAGUACGACCGUACUCUCCUCGUUGCCGAUCCCCGUCGUUGCGAGCCCAAGAAGUUCGGUGGUCCCGGUGCCCGUGCCCGUUUCCAGAAGUCUUACCGUUAA